UUAAGUCUUGUUAAGAAGCGUUUUCACAGCCCUGGUGGUUUGAAGCGCUGGUUUGACUCCAAAAGAGCAGCCACCAUGUCCCAAUACCUGAGGCACUUCACAGCUGUGGGUGAUGACCACAGCACCACCCAGUGGCAAGAUGAGGAACAGCAUGACUCCAUGGAGGAGCAGGAGCCGACCCCAUUGCAGCAUCGGGAGCUUCAAACCUUCCGUGAUGCCAUGCGCAAGUUAUACAGCUGUGAGAGGUUCCAGGUGUCUGUGGUAUGUCUGGUGAUCCUGGAUGCUGUGUUUGUCCUGUGCGAGUUGCUCAUGGACCUGUCAAUCAUCGCGGUUGAUGAUGGACAUAUUGCCCCUCGGGUGUUCCACUACCUGAGCCUGUCUCUUCUGACCUUCUUCAUGGUGGAGCUGGCGGGCAAGAUCUUCGCCUACGGGAGGGAGUUCUUCCGGCACAAGUUUGAGGUGCUGGAUGGGGUGGUGAUCAUCGUGUCCUUCGUGCUGGACAUUGUGUACGUGUCCCACGAGGAUGCCUUCGACGCAGUGGGCCUUCUUAUCCUCCUCAGACUGUGGAGAGUGGCCAGGAUCAUCAACGGUGUACUGGUCUCAGUGAAGAACCGCACCCACCACAAAGUUCAGAAGCUGAGGGAGGCUAACAAUCACCUCUCCCAUCGGGUGAAUGAACUCCAGCAAUGUAUUGCUAGAGCGGAACAAGAAAACAUCAGAUUGCGUACUCUUCUACAGAGUCAUGGCAUUAACUUCUGA